AUGUCUUCAGAACCUCUACCAGACCAUUACAAGGCCCUAGGGAUAGACAAGAACGCCGAUGCUGCGACCAUCAAGAAGACAUAUCGCAAGCUGGUGCUCACCUGCCAUCCUGACAAAGUCACGGAUGAGGCCCUGAAAGCGCAGAAACAGGACGAGUUUCACAAGAUCCAGCAGGCCUACGAGACCCUGAGCGAUGAGACGCGCAGGGCUACCUACGAGGCCGAGCUAAAGUUGGCGCAGCUUCGUCGCGAGAAGCUCGCAAGAACUGCCAGCGGUUCUACUGUUGAGCCCAAGAGCGCACGCUUCACUCAACCUACCGCUGGGGGAGGCUCAUACACCGCCAACACAUCGUCUCGCUAUGCCACCGAGGAGCGCAGGCCCUCUGGGGCAACACCAUCGCGCCGUCACGAACACGACGACGACCGCUACUACAACGGUCGCAAGACGGAGUCGUACUUUCCAUCACCGAGACGCCAGUCGCCGAGACCCAGCCCAUCGUCACGCUCAUCACGGGAAAAGCACGAAAAGGAGUCCAGAAGCGAACGACCCUCGGCCGACCGCACACGAUCGAGCGCCGCAAAAGCGCGCGACAGCGAACGCCGAGACCGCACAGCGAAGUUUCCCGUCGAUAGCGAUGGGUCUUCUGGCGAGGACAGGGCGCGCUACGACGAGCGUGGCUACAAGACGCGCAGUGCAGAGGACGAGCCACGAAGGCGGGCUGAAGAGCAUCGACAAGACGACCGACGCUAUGACGGCUACGAGAAUUCUACUCCAGCACGCAAACUGAGCGUCCAGGAGAGUGACGCCAUCCGCUACAUGCACAAGGCCCGCGCCGAAGUCGAGCCCAGUCUCCGCCCAUCGCCCACCAGAACCACAUCGCGAGACUACUACGAGUCCAGCAGCCGCUCCUCCAGGCACCGAGAGGUUCGACCGGAGCCUGCGCCUCGCAGGUCAUCCGUCCGCCCCAAGGAACGCCUGGGCAUGUCCUCGCGGCGUGACACAGACCGCGGCAUCCCCGAAGUCGUCGAUUGGGACGAGCGAAGACCGACCUUCAAACAGUCAUCCUCAUCACCCGCCGAGAUCCGCAUUCCAACCACCCCCCAGCGCUCCGCGACUGACUCAUACCGUCGCUCAGAGCGCUCGCCACCUCGCUUCCCCGGCAUAAGCCGCUCCGCCACAAUGCCCACGGUGCCCGGCUCAGAAGCAGGAGGGUCGCGUCGCGAAGCUAAAAGCUACCCUCGCCCCUCAGGUCUUCGAAAUGAGGCCAAUGGCAGCCCCGAGCGAGACGCAUACCCGACCGUCCCGCCACCUCAAUCUAGCAGCAAAACAUACUACUACAGUCUAGCUGACGGAGGCGUCAAGCCUGUGGACCCACCCCCGCACCGCACUAUCCUCCGCGAACCAGAACGUGUCCGCCACCGCUCGCCCUCACCGAUUAGCAGACCUCCAAUGGGCGCCAACCGCCCCAGUCUCCAUUCCUCAAAGACGUACGCACCUGGUCGCUCAAGCCGCCAAUCAUCACCCGUGCGUGAAGAGCGCGGCCGCUCGAACCAGAUGAAGUACGGCGAGAUGCCAUCAGAGUACACACGCAGGAGGGAGAUGGGCGAGCGUCAGCCAAGCUACAGUCCGCAAAACGUGUCGUAUGCGCCUAGCUAUGGGCCUGAGGACGUUCAUUGGGCGCCGAGGCGUGGAGAGGAGAGGUAUACGGAGCGCAAGCCUACGCUUAGUCGCACGGCCACCUCCGUUUACUAA